CAGUGAAGCCUUCGCCACAACUUGCGCUCCCAGUUCAGACAUGAAGGGGACGGCUGUAUGCUUUCUCCUAACCGCAAUCACCACACACUGCGCCGCAAGCCUUAUAGGUGGCUGGACUGAGCAGAAUCCGUCGAGUGAUUCAAAGUAUUUGCAACUCGCGCAUUUUGCGAUUGCUCAACAGACAACUGGUCUGACUAACUACCACACAGUCCUGAGGCUUCUGAAAGUGGAGACACAGGUUGUCGAUGGAUUGAAGUACAAGGUGAUAUUCGAGACAGCUCCAUCCAACUGUGCCAUUGCUGAUGGCCCGUACUCGAGCGAGCUGUGCAAGCCCACAACUAAUCAGGCGUCUGCAGCCUGCACUGCAAUAAUCUACGAGCGUCCAUGGGACAACUACAUGGAACUGACGUCGUUCAGGUGCCACAAGUAAUGCACAUGGACUCCCAAGGACUAUGAAGUUGUCUACACGAAAAGCGGGACCUAUACUACACUCAAGAAAGUCUCGAAUUGAAGCUGCUCUUAUUGCGCUUUUUAAGCGAUAAUUCAAUUAAACUAUUUUAUUAGAACAGCGUUCCUGCAUUGGACAAUGGCCCUCAAUGCUUUAGUUAGCCUCAAAGCCGAAAGGCAUCGGCACUCUAGCUCAUAUCUGUCAGGUACAUAUAAAAGUAGGGGAUUUUUUGUGUGUGUGAUAAGUCUAUGAAGAAAUUUUUCUCUAUAACCGCACAUUUAUUUCCUUUUAUACAAGCGAUGUGUUGAGGACUCUUCGGAAUGUGCAAAGCGUAUCUUGGGCAACUUUUCAGAAUAAAUAUGUCUUAAAAAAGGAA